AUGGCCUUUUCCACUUUGUACAAAGUUUUAUUCAAGAGAAACUCCGUGUUCGUCGGUACUGUGUUUGCCUCUGCGUUUGUCUUCCAAGCCACGUUUGACAGUGCUGUCACUAAAUGGUAUGAGAACCAUAACAAGGGUAAAUUGUGGGCAGACGUUAAGCAGCAACUAAAAGAUGGUGGUGAUGACGAGGACGAGGACGACGAGUAA